GAAUAUUUUUAAGACCUAUCUACGUUAUGGCCCUUUUCUGUGGCUCCACCCCCUUCGACUGUUCCCCUGAGAAAACUUCAGUGUCACCGGUAGCAGAUGCACAGUUGUUUCUCCCCCCAAACCAAUGAGGCUUAAUGAAAAACCUAGAAAGUAGGAGCUCGUGGGAAAGAAGAGAGAAAAGACAAGUUCUUACAAGGUUCCUGGGUGGAGCUACCCAUGAACAGCAGCAAUGGCAAUGAUGAUGGCCACGGGAAAAACGGGGGGCUGGAGCACGUCCCGUCCUCCUCCUCCAUCCACAAUGGAGACAUGGAGAAGAUUCUUCUGGAUGCACAGCAUGAAUCAGGACAGAGUAGCUCAAGAGGCAGUUCUCACUGUGACAGCCCCUCCCCACAAGAAGAUGGGCAAAUUAUGUUUGAUGUGGAAAUGCACACCAGCAGGGACCAUAGCUCUCAGUCAGAAGAAGAAGCUAUAGAAGGAGACAGAGAAGCUGAUGCUUUGAAGAAAAGUGCAGACUGGGUGUCGGACUGGUCCAGUAGGCCUGAGAACAUUCCCCCUAAGGAGUUCCACUUCAGGCACCCUAAACGCUCUGUUUCUUUAAGCAUGAGGAAAAGUGGAGCCAUGAAGAAAGGGGGUAUUUUCUCUGCGGAAUUUCUUAAGGUGUUCAUUCCAUCUCUCUUCCUUUCUCAUGUUUUGGCUUUGGGGCUGGGCAUCUAUAUUGGAAAGCGACUGAGCACCCCUUCUGCCAGCACCUACUGAAGGACAGAAGGCCCUGGGAAAGCGUGUGACCUGUGAAGUGAUGUAUUGUCACAAUAGUUUAUUUGAACUUGAGACCAUUGUAAGCAUGACCCAACCUACAACCCUAUUUUUACAUAUCCCAGCUCCAGUAACUCUCAAAUCCAGUAUUUUAUUCAAACUCUGUUGAGGCAGUUUACUAACCUCAUCCCCUUUGGGCCUGUAAGACUCUAGAAUUUCCUAACAGAGUUUACUGUUGUUUAGAAAUUUGCAAGGGCUUCUUUUCCGCAAAUGCCACCAGCAGAUAAUAAUUUUGUCAAUACUGCUAUUGUCUCCUUUUAGUACCACCAGACUUAGGCCUGAAUCAUUCAUGGUAUAAAUUUUACUCUUGCAAGAUGACCACCAUCUCUCUCUUAAAAUGAGAUCAGGUUAGCAAAUGAUAUAAAAGCUUUGUUGUUUUGUUUGUUUUUCAAGACAAAGGCAAGCUUCCCUAAGCUUGAAUUUAUAGUUAUUAAAAAAGAAAACACCGGGGGGGGGGGG